AUGGCGUCGCUUCCUGGUGUAGCCGUUGUGACGGGUGCAGGAGGAACGGGCAUUGGUGCCGCUGUCUGUAAGGGCUUCGUGCGCUCUGGCUGUGUGCAAAUUGCCAUCACCGACAUCAACCCAGACACUCUCAAUCAAACAAAAGCAGCACUCCUUGCUAUCAAUCCGUCUGCUGAAAUCAUUGUUCGCGUGGGGGACAUUGCUGAUGAAAGCUUUGUCGAUUCGUUCAUGAACGAGGUUUUCGACCAGUUCCAUCGACUUGACUAUGGCGUCAACUGCGCGGGCAUCCUUGGAGGCGACGUCAUCAAGGCCGUGGAGAUGACGACUGAGCACUUUGAUCGGCUGAAUAACAUCAAUUACAGGGGCUCAUGGCUCAGCUGUCGUGCACAACUAAGAAACAUGCUGAAGCAGGAGCCGCUCAAGGAGCACCCAAAGCAGAGAGGCGCCAUUGUCAACAUUGCAAGCCAGCUCGGCAUUGUAGCAAGGCCAGGUGCUGCCGCAUAUUGUGCCUCCAAAGCUGCCAUCAUCAACAUGACGCGAGCGAAUGCCAUCGACUACUCUGAUGAUGGAAUACGCGUCAACUGUGUCUGCCCUGGUGUCAUCGAAACACCCAUGACUACCACCUCGCCAGCCAUGGUGGAAGCUUUGAAGCCGGCCAUCCAGAUCGCACCAAUGAAAAGGAUGGGUACACCGGAUGAAGUCGCAGACGCCGUUUUGUUUCUGUGCUCCGCACAGUCAUCCUUCAUUCAGGGUCAUGCACUGGUAGUAGAUGGUGGUUAUACGAUCAACUAA